ACUCCUCGCGUACCUGAAAAGCGCAAACACCUCUGGGAUGAAGAAAUACCCGCCCGGCGCAUUCAACUCGUCGACCCCGUGACCGACUCCCUGCAACCACCCAGCCGUCUGCGCGACCUACUGUCCACCAUCGACCGCAAAGCCUACCGCAUCAUCUGCGUGACGGCGCCGCCCACCGGCAACUGGGCAGAAGAGUGGAUACCCGUGUGCAAGCUCGAAGACAAAAAGGCCGCCUACGAGGCCGAAAAGGAAAAGAAGAAGCUCAAGCAGCAAAAGACGGCCGCCGAGGGCACCAAGACGCUAGAGUUGAACUGGGCCAUUGACGGUAAUGAUCUGGGGCAUAGGAUGAAGAGGAUGCAGGACUUUUUGGCGCUGGGCAAGAAGGUCGAGAUCAUACUGGCCAGGAAGAAGGGCGGCAGGAGGGCGACGCCUGAAGAGUGUGAGGGCUUGCUCCAAAAGAUCAACGAGGCUGCAGAGGCCGUCAAGGGCACAAAGGAGAUUAAAAAGUUCGAGGGCAAGUUGGCGGGCAUGGGCAACCUGACGUAUGAGGGCCCAAAGCCUUGA